CUUGAGCUGUAAAUUUGCUAAAUAGUUUUAAAGGAUAAUUCCGUCCCGGCUACCACUUCUUGAAUGUUCCUCUCACAGUUCUAAAGAAUACUUCUUGUAUUAUCACGACCAGACACCAAUUAUAUUUUGUUAUACACAAAUAUUCGUAUAUUUAUGUUUUAAAAGGUUCAGGAUUCUAUCGUUUGCCUAAAAUAGGCGUUAAUCAUGACUACCUUUAUUCGAUCUUGGAAACGAGUGACUCUGUUUCAAAAAUAUGAAUUACCCCAAACACUUAGUAGAACAAACGUCUCUGUAGCGUCUUUCGGGAAUCAAAUAUUAGCCUGCAACACUUCGGGAAGGGUAACCUUAUACAAUUCUUCCUUUGAGGUAAAGCAAGUAAUCAAUCUGGAACAUGAAAUAGCUAUCCAGCAAAUACUUUGGAUUGACAAUGACCGAUUUCUUUUAUUUUACAAUUUUGGUGAACAGGAUGGUCCAAGCUUUUUAGUCAUUUACGCUUUUUCAUGCUUACAAGAUGAUAUUUCCUCAGAAAAGAAGUUUUCGCUUGUAUCAUCCAACAAAUUUAUAGUUGAUGAACAACCACAUCCAAUAGUGGCUGUCUCUGAAUCAUUAACGGAUAAAUAUUUAGCUUGUGGAUUUGGAGGACACGUCUUAACAUUUUAUGGAACACCUUUUCGUGAAAGAGGACUCCGUAUUGCUUUUGACUUCAAGCUAUCUGAACCUGUAACUAGCUUGGCGUUUCAUAAAUCAGAGGAUUUAAUCCUUUACGUAUCCACAACUAACAAAACUUAUUCAAUUAAAGGAAAGAACUUAACAACUUUGGAUACAUUGGGCACAUCCAUCAAUUGUUCUUCAGGAUAUAAUGAACAAAAUAUCUCUACUCUUACGACUACUUCGCCUUCGUUCAUCUGUUCUCGGUCUGAUGGUCUUACAUUUUAUUUUCCCUCGCAGGACAAAGUUUGUUUUACAUUUCCAGGUGAAAAGCAUUUUUUGGCAACUCAAGGUCCAAUAUUAGCUUUACUUUAUUCACCAGCGAUAACAGAUCCAUCUGUAAGCGGCUUACCUAAUUCGAGAAAGAGCUUGUCUUCUUCUAACUCUAUUUCAGGACUAGAAGGGGACCGUUUGGCAACAUCAGUUUCUCGAUUACUUCUAAUAGAUUUACCAAGGAAAUUAAUUGUUUGGGAAGGUUUUUUGAAGGAUCCUUCUGCCCAAAUUUUAUCCAUAGACGAAGGUUUCUUAAUAUUGACUUCAGUCAAUUCUUUACUGAAAUUAAAAAGAAUUGACCUUAAUGAUGAAAUUUCCAUGCUUAGUAAAAAAACGAUGUUUGAUUUGGCCAUUUCCCUUUCUCAAGAGAAGAACAUGGAUUCAUCCUUUCUUCAAAGCCUGAUGAUAGAAUACGCACGCUUUUUAUUUCGUAAGGGGGAUUACUCUUUAUCAAUGGAUUGGUACAUAAAAGCGAUUAGAUCAGUUAAUAUACCAGUCGUUUGCCUAGACUUUCUCAAAGCAGAGCGUCUUGAUCAGCUAGUAAGAUUUAUUGAAGCACUUAUGCGAAACGAUUUGGCAAAUUCUGAUCUUAAAUUACUUCUACUUUCGUGCUAUGUUGAAACAAAAAACUUGAAGGGGAUUAAUAAACUUAUCAAGAUAGGUGGGUUUACAUUUAAUCAGGCGUUUGAUAUUUGUCAUCGAUCUGGUUUUCUUGAAGAAGCUAAGCACCUUGGUUCUCGAUUUAACAAUCAUGAGCGAGUCAUCGACGUCCUUUUAGAGGAAAAGAAAUAUUCGGAAAUUUUGGAUUAUAUGUACGAAAUUGCUCCCAUUAGGUUACUGCCGUUAUUGCUUCGUUUCGGUCGAGUGUUGCUUUCAAAUUUACCCAAGGAAACAACUGAUCUGUUUAUAUCAUUUUAUUCUAAUAAUCAUAAAUCCAAGCAAAGCACUCAAACAAAAUCCCAAACAAAACAUGAGAAAUCAUUGCGACAAGCUUACCUUUCUCUUCUUCCUUAUGCUAAUGCUACUCCAUUUGGUAUAUCAUCUAUAUCCGCCGACCAAAGUUCGGAAAGAACCGAAGAAAAAGGGGACAAUGAAGAAUCUCAAGCGGACGAGUCAUACGUUGCUCCAAAUCCUCAGACAUGUUUUCACAUUUUUUUAAAUCAUAAUUCUGAGUUAAUACGGUUUUUAGAAGCCGUUUUGCCAUAUGUUUCUGAAGAAUAUAAAACACAUAUAAAUACCUGUCUUUUCGAAGCUUACAUUCGAGAAUCCCAUUUUUUACAAGAUGAAAAUGCUCAAGGAGUUUGGAAAGAAAAGGCUAACUUGCUAUUAAAAGAUUCAGAAAAGCAUUUGGAUCUGAAUGCUACUUUCCUAAUUUCACAGAUUCUGGAAUUCGAUGACGGAGUUAGAUUUGUACAGGGAAAGUCUGGUCAAACACUAGAUAUUUUUCGGUCAUUUUGUAAACAUGACGAUGUUGGCCGUGCAAUGGAAAUGGUUCAUGCUCACGGAGAAGAUCAAAGUGAGUUAUAUAUUAUGAUGCUUAACUAUUUCGCCUCAACAAGUCAUUUAGAGCCUUGGGCGAAAGAAGUAAAGGAGGUUACAGAAUAUAUUAUCAACCAUCAACUAAUUUCACCUACUCAGCUUGCAGAAAUUCUAGGUAAAUCAGACGCCAUUACUCUGGGCAUGAUUGAAGAAGCCAUAGAAAAUGCGACAAACAGGUAUGAAAGCCAGAUUUCUGAAAAAGAGAAAGGCAUCGAAAUGGGUAAAUCCGAGAUCUUAGAAUUAAACAAGGAACUUUCCGAUCUACGAACGACUGCGUUUGUUGUUCAGGAGUCUAAAUGUUCUGCCUGCAAUACUGAUUUGGAAUUGCCAAUGGUACAUUUUCGAUGUAGACAUUCCUACCAUUUACGAUGUAUAGAAGAUGAAUGUAUACGCUGUCAAUGGUUGUGAUUUUAUAGAAACGAUAAACUUUUUACGAACACUUAAAAAAUAUUUAUUUUAUUUAUGAUCGAGACCACCGAUCCAAAACUAUG